GAUGGACAAUUCUUCUACGCAGCUGAAGUCUAGUUCUGGCCAAUCAAAACAAUCUGCUGCCAUGGCAGCUGAGACAUCAAGCACAGUAGCAAUCCCUGACGUGAGUCCCAGGGAAGCAUCAGGUAUUCCUACUCAUGCUAAUGCUGUGAAGAGGGAAACUGGGGUUAAGUCCAUAUCCAUUAGGGAUGUUGAGAAUGAAGGCAAGAAGCGACAUCUUGAAUCAUCACACCAGGUUGAAGGGCAGUCUGGUUCUAAAGUGAAACAGGACCUUGCUGAUUCUUCUGAGGUAAUGACCUCUGAAGCUGCAGAAGCUAAAUCUAUGCAAACUUCAUCAGGCUGUAAUGUGGUUGUGCCAGAAGCUGGAGAGCAUCUUCAAUGA